GCUGUUAAAGCGUCGAGGUGUUGUCGUGAUAUUCUAACAAAACCGAAAGGAUCUACAAACAAGAAAAAGAUUGUGGACUAAAAUAACAAAAAGCCUCAUUUUAAUUAAACAAGAAUUUGGGUAUGGCAGAUAGCUCACCAGAUUUAUUACGUGAUGCUGGUGUUGGUGAUGGCGGCAUGGAUCAAAGUGGUAGCGUUGAAAACCCGUCGAUUAUGUUGACCAGCUCCCUAGAACCCUUAAGUGAGGGUAGUCAUACGGAUACUGAACCUAAUGUCACGACAAGCGAAGACAAAUCUUUAGUAUUAGCAGUGAAUAUCGAGUCGGAGUUGGCCAUGGCUAAUCGUGCUACCCACUCUUCUGAUCCGAAAUUGGCUUCGAAUGAUGAUGAAAAGGCGAACGUUUCAACAAAUGCUAACAACAGUCAAAAUGAUGUAAAACAAUUGAAGAUUUUAAAACCUCCUAAGGAAUUUGAGGAUAGUAAUAUCACUAGUGUGGCAGAUGAAAGUAUGGAUACAACAGUUUCAGCUCCUUCUGUAGAUGAUGUUAAGAUUGAAGUUAAAAGUGGAGAAGAUAGCAUGCCGAACACAGCCACGCAAAAAUGCGUGGAAUACGGGACAACAACGAACAUUGUAGAACCGCUUGUAGGCGUUGCUACAAGGGAUGUAGAAUCCUCUGAGAUAAAAGACUUAGGCGAUGAAGGAAUAAAGGAAGAAACUAAAAUUAAUAGAAAAGAGCUAUCUAAAUUGGAGGAAUCUCCUAAUACUGUAGCUGAAAGCAUUAAAAAUGUUGAGAAUUGUACAGAUAUUACAUACGUUAAGGAACAGGUGUCAUCAGAUGUUGUAGAAUCCGAAAUAACUGAAGUCUGUGAUUCCAGCACUGUAACUAAACCAGAAGUACCUUUGGAAACAAAAUCUGUGGAAAGUGGUGAUGACAAAUCUUCAUGCAAUAAAAAUUUUGAAUUAUCAGCUAAAACAAAGGAAAUUGAAGGACAGACUGAAGUGGAUCAAGUUGUUUCAUGUUCCAAUGUAGAGAAACUGAGUGUUUUGUCUACUAAUAAUGAAGAAUUAAAACUACGUGUUGUUGAGACUAUUAAUUCAACUUCUAGAGAAAUUGCUAAGGAUGUACCCAGUCUGGAAGUAUUAGCUACAAUGGCUGGAGAGUCACUUAAUAAUAUCACUGCUCCAGCUGUAACUCCACCUUUAACUGAAACUGAAGGAAAAGAGAAAAACACAGAUACCUCCAAUCAAGAUAUGAAGGCUUUACAAGUCCCAGAAGCUAAACUUACAACAACUACAUCGGAAGCUGUAACAUUUACUCGAGAAGAUCAUGAUCCUGAAUCAGAAGUUACCAAUACACAAUUAGAACAACAACAAUCACCCGAAGCAAUGAACGAUAAACUUACUUGCAGUAGUGAAGGAGUUGAGAGAAUAUGUCCUACUACUCAGGCAAAGUUGGAAGCUCCUGUUGAUCCGAGAACUAAGCCAGAAAUAAAUGAUCUUCCUAAUGAUAAAAGUAAAAGUGAGGAGAAUAAUGGCCAAUCGAAAUAUCAGGAACCUGUUGCAGAAUCCUUGUUUGAAAAACUUGAAACGGAAACAUCAUCGAACAGAGAACCAGCAAUUAUGCCGGAAACAAAUUGUAACAUAGUGAACAAAAGCUCGGUUCAAGAUUCUAUAACUGUAGAAACGAAAGUUCUUGAAAACAAAAUCAAUGAUUCAGCAAUCAUAGAAAUAAAAUUAGAUAAUACAGAAACUUUGAAUGUUUCCGAAACAGAUGACAAAAUCGAAAUUCCUAGUCCUGCAAUAAAGGAAACAGAACCAGAAACAAUUAAUGCAGCUGAAGUUCCUAAUCCAGCCACUCAAGAAAAGUUGAAAAAAUCAGAAGCAGUCAUUUAUGCAGAUUCCGCAAAAAAAUUGAGUGGAACUGAAACUGUUAAUUCAGUCAGUGAUGAUACACUUGAGCACCGUACUACUUUGGUUCAACAGGAUCUCAAAGCUGUACCAGAUAAGGUGGUGAAUGAGUGUCUUAUAAAUUCUUCGAAAGAAGAUAUAUCACUGAUUCAAUCAGAUUCGGCACAGCAUGAAUCGAUUCCAGAAAAACAAUCUACUAUUGACAUCACUGAAGAAAUUCCUGCUCUGUCAAUUUUACCAACUCUUACAGAAGUUGAUGAUACAGAUCAAAGUAAUCCAAAGGAAACCCAAAAUAAUGGUACUAUAAAUUCUUCUGUGCCUGCCGAAGAAUCUGAACUGAAUCGAACUGAAAUUUCCAGUGCCAAACAGGACGAAAUAAAAAAUGUUACUGAACAAUCAACGCUACCUCAGAAUUUAAAAACAAUUACGAGUGACUCUUCUUCCAAAUCUUCAGAUGAAAAUCAGAGUUUUGUAAGCCCCAUUGAAUCCCAAUACAUUCCGACUACUCCAUCAACCAAAACAGAAUCGCAUGAAAAUGACAUGGUCAUCAAUUUGCCAACUAAAUCAACUGAUAAUAAAUCAAGUGCAAAUGAUACAUCUAGUACGACAAGUAUUUCUAUGUCAAAAAAUCCUGGUACAACUGCGCCAAAGGAAAGCAAAGAAAAUUCACCCAUUUUGCCCGCUUCAACUUCAAAACCUGUUCAAAUUAUGCCCAAGAAAUCUCCACAUUUUAACAAUGCUGUCAUAUUUGUUACUUCAAGCAAUCAACAAAUUAGACCUCCAUCAAAGAAUUCCUCUAUAUCUGUAGUUGCAAAACCGGAAGAAGUUUCUGAGGAAGAAGCAAAGUUUACUGCCGCUUUAGCAGAGGACCAAACCAAUGAGACCAACAAGUGUAAAACAUCGCAGAGUGCUGUUAAACUUGAAGAGAUAAUGGAACAAUCAUGUCAAACGGAAUCGGCGCCCAAAGUAUUUAAUGCUAAUUCCUUACCAAAAGUAGAAGAAACUAAAGAUUCAGGUGGAACAGAUACUGCAGGUGAGGAUUUAUCUUGUGUUGUAGACCAAGAUUUGGCAAAAUCGCCCGAAGAAGUUCUAACAGACAUUAGUGCAAGCGUAUCGCAUAUUUCCACGCAACUCAAUGAGACCAUUAAGAAUGUAGACAAAUCCUCCCUUAUUGCUGAGAAUAAAAGUGAGGCCGAAGUGAAGUCCCCUGAAAUCUUAACCUCUACAGCUAAAACUUCCGAAAUUUCUUCUGGCGAAACAGUUAGUAAAGAAGUUGGAAAGGAAGACGUUGUAGUUUUACCAUCUACAAAAGAAGUACAUCAGCAUUCAUGUGACGAUACAUCAAAAGAAUACUCUACAACUUCCUCUCAAACAUCAACCGAUACAGGAACUCUUACUACAUCAUUACCAAUCUCAGAUGAUAUUCAAAGAUUUAAAAAAGAUGUUGCAGGUUGCAAAGAAAGUCCCAAAGUGGCUACAUCUUCUUCAAUAUCGACCUCAACUUCAGAAGAUUGUAAGACAUUACAAACUGAUACUUCUUGUCAAAAAACAAAUGACAAUAAAUCUUCUCAAGAAAUCGAAGGAUUAGAAGAAAUUGCUUCGACUUCAGUAGUAGAAAAAUCUGCUGUAGAAGUAGCACCUCUACCUUCACAACAGACUAAACCAAGAACUUCUGAAACUGAAUCAUCAGCAAUGACAAAAUGUUCUGAAGAAUCAACAUCUUUACCUUCAUUGAUGACUGCUAUUAAUAUCUCAAAAGAAGAACUACCAGCUGUAAAAUCAUGCACUGUGGAAGUUACACCUUCACUUUUAUGGAACAACAAAAUAAGUGCCCCAAAAGAAGAAUCACCUGCAGGUGAAAUAUCUACCACGGAAGAUGACAUUUCACCUUCAUUGGAGGCUGAAAUGAAAACUUCCGGAAAUGAAUCACCUGUAAUAACAAACUAUGCUGAAGAGGAGGCAAAAUCAACUUCAUUAGACGCUGAAGUGAAUACCGUAAAGGAAAAAUUACCAGUAAUUGAUUCAUGUAAUGUGGAAGUUGAAGCUCCUUCAUUGGAGAAUACUACUUCUAACACUGAAGUAGUAUUACCUUCGGCAAACACAUCUGCUGAGGAAGUUGAGUCUACACCUUCAUUGAAAACUGAAAUUUUAUCCUCAGAACAAAACUCCCCUGUAGUAACAAAAUGUUCUACAGACGCAUCACCUUUACCUCCUUUGGAGACUGAUACUAACACUUCAGAAGUAGGGGCACACGCAAUAGAAAAAUGUGUUGAGAAAGUGGAGCCUGCACCUACAUUAGAUACCUCUUAUAAUACGUCCAAAGAAAAAUCGCUCACAGAAGAAAAGACGAAGGUUGAGACAGCUCCUGUGGAUGUCUUACCUUCAACUGCUUUGCACACUUCUGUAAAUAACCCGGAAGAAUUACAUGAAGAAGAAAAACCCGCUGUGGAAAUUGCACCAUCAUGUUCAUUGAAAUCUGAAAUUACAACUAUAGAACAAGAAUCAUCUCCAAUACCAAAAUCUACUGUGUCAGCCCUACCUUCAUCUUUGUUGGAGACUGCAAUUAAUGCAAUAGUUGACGAAUUGCCUGUUGUAGAAAAAUCUCCUGUGGUAGACGAGCAAUCAUUGGAAACUAAACUUAGCAAUACAAAAGAAGAACUUCAUGCAACUGUAAAACCUGCAAUUCGAGCUACAACUUCACCAACUUUGGAUACUGAAAUUAAAACUGCGGGAAAUAUUCCACCGACUGUAAUAAAAUCUGUUGCGGAAGUCUUACCUUCAAGUUCACUGAAGACUGCAAUUAUUACUCCAGAAGAAAAAUCACCAAACAAUUCUGUGGUUGAAGUUGUUCUAACCACUGAAACUGAAAGUAAUAUUCCUAAAGAAGAAUCAACUGCAGAAGAAAUCCCCAUAGUGACUAUUCUAUCAGAUCACGGAUCAGCUGCUGCAAAAUCGGCUGAGGAAAUCUUACCCUCAUUGGAGACUUCAAUCAAUGUUUUAAAAGAAGGAUCACCUGCAGUAGAGAACUCUGGAAUUGAAACUACGUCUUCUUCAUCUUUAUUGGAUAGUAAAAUAAAUCACUCAGAAGAAGAUUCACCUGAAAUAAAGACAACUUUUGAGGAAGUUGGAACUAAACCUUCAUUGGAUACGAAAGAUGCACACUUACAACAUGGAAUGCUACUAGAAACUGAAUGUGCUGUGGAAGACGAACCUUCAUUGCAGUCUGAAGUUGAUGGUUCAGAGGAAUCACCCACAGUGCAAAAAUCGGAGACGGUCUCCUCCACAACUCAAAGCCUUGCAUUGGAAAGUGAGUCUUCACCUGUUCUGGGCAUUGAAAUCAAAGACUUAGAUGAAUUGGGUGCAGUAAGAAAAUCGGAGACUGAAGAAAAUACUCCAAAAGAUCGAUUACCUACAGUAGAAAAUACUGACAUGGGAACUUUGCCUUUGCCUUCAUUGGUUACAAAAAUGAAUACCACACAACAAGAAUCUCGUGCAGAAGAAAAACCAGAUGCAAAACCGUUGAAAACUGAAAUGACUAACUUAAAAGAAGAAUCUCCUGCUGUAAAUGAACCUGCUGCGAAAGCUGAAUCUGAACCUUUAAUGGAAACUAAAACUACAACCUCCGAAAAAGAAUCAUCAAUAGAAACAAAAUGUGUUGUGAAGCUCCCAUCUUCUGAAAUUGGAUUAAAAGACUCAGAUUCUGAAACAAAAACCUCAGAAAAAGAGUUACCUGCAACAGAAAUAUUAGGUAGUGAUAUUUGCCCAUCGCCUUUACAUGAGAGUGAGAUUAAAACCUUAAAAGAAUCAUUUUCAGUAAAAAACUCCUCUACAGCACCUAGAUGUGAAGUGGAAGUCCCAACUUCAUCGGAGACUGAUAAAUCAACAGAAUCAAUUGCGAUAAAACAGUUAAAAACUGUUGAAACAUCUGCUGUGGAACUUUUGCCUUCAAUUUCGUUGGACAUUAAAGUGAAAAACUCAGAAGAAAUAUCAACUGCUGUAGAAGAAUCCACUGCGAAGAAGACAGAAACUGCAACUUUAGAACAAGAAUCACCUGCAAUAACAAAAUCGGCUGUGAAACCCUUACCUUCAGCUUCAUUAGAGAUUGAAAUUGAUAUCAUAAAAGAAGAACCAACCACGAUAGAAACCCGAGAAAGCAAAGUUGCGCAAUGUUUGGAAAUUGAAGCUAGUGACUCAGAAGUUUCAAAAAACUGUGUUGUGGAUGUUGGAAUUUUAACUUCUUUGGAUGCUGAAAGUAUAACUUCAGAACAUGUGCCAUCAGCGGGAACAAAUUUUUCUGCAGUGGCUGCAACUUUAUCAGAAGAAUCAUCCUCAGUACAAAAAACGGAGACCAAGACUAAUAUUUUGGAGAAAGUAUCUCAUGCAGCAGAAAAAUCAGCCGUGGAAACUGCACAUUUACCUAUAAUGGAGACUAAAACGGAUUUGUCAGGAAAAGACUCAUCUCGGGAAGUUGGGUCAACACCGACACUAGAUACUAAUAGUACAACCUCACAACAAGAAUCAUUUGCAGAAACAAAGUGUUCACCAACAGCUGAAACUUCAUCUUCAUUAGAGACUGAAAUUAAAGACUCAAAAGAAACACCUGCUGUUAAAAAAUCAGAAAUUGUGGUAAAUACCUCAGUUGAAAAGACAUUCGCACUUGAAACCACUGGUGUGGGAAUUACUCCUUCAAAUUCUUUGGAGACUGAAAUGCCAACAUCAGAAGAAUCACGAGCAGCAAAAAAUUUGGCGACUGAAAUUGAUGCCGCUGUAGAAGAAUCACCUACAAGAGAAAAUUCUGCUCUAGCAACCUUGCCUUCAACUGCAUUGGAUAUUGAAAUGAAUUCUUCAGGAGAAGGACUGCCCACAGUAGAAAAUUUAGCUGGGGAAGUUGGCCCGUUAUUGGAAACUGAAAUUAUCACCUUAAACGAAGAAUCGCUAACAAUAAACAAAUCUUGUGCUGAAUUUGGUGCUCAAACCACAUUGGAGACACAAAUUACAAGCUCCAAACAAGAACCUUCAGGUGAAACUAAAUGUGAUGUAGGAGCCGCGAAUGCUUCUUCUGAAGUAAAUGACUCAGAAGAAUCACAGGUAGUAAAAACCUCGAAGAUUGAGACAAAAACAUCAAAAGAAGAGUCAACUGCAGCGGAAAACUCUGAUGUAAAAAUUAGUCCAUUAACUUCUCCUGAAAGUGAAACUAAAACCUCAGAAGAAACAUGUGAAUUAAAAACUUCAGCUAUAGAUUUCCCUUCUUCACCUUCAUUAGACAAUAAAUUGAAUAAAUCGCAAGAAGAAUCACCUGUAGGGGAAAAAUCUCCUGUCAAAGUUGAACCAUCCUUUCCAUUAAAGACUGAAAUUAAAGUUUUAGAAGGAGAAUCAAAUGAAGUACAAAAAACUGUUGUGGAAGUUCAGCCAUUACUGGAAACUGGAGUAAUAACCUCAGAAGAAGUGGAAAAAUCUACUGAAGAAGAUGGAUCUUCCCCUUCAAUGGAACCUAAAACGAAUAACUCUAAAGAAUUAUCUGCAACUAAACAACCAGAAAUGGAAAUUAAUAGCACAGAAAAGGAAUCAACUGCGGUAGAAAGCUCGACUGCGGAAACUGCGCCUUCAUCAUCAUUAGAGACCAAAAUGAAUACCUCAGAAAAAGAGUCGCCAGUAGCAGGCAAAUAUGUUAGAAAAGUUUCAGCUUCAAUGGAAACCGAAAAUGCCAAGUUAGGAGUCGAAAAUACUCAAGAGACUCAGCAAGAAACAUCUACAGUAUCAAGCUCGGAUAAAACUCCUGAAUAUUCACAAGCCAUAGAAAAUCCUGAAGAGAAAGAUGUAUAUUCAUCCUCCUUAAAUACUGAAAUGACUGCCUCAAAAGAAGUAACUCCAAAGCAGAUUGUGCAAGAAGUGACAACAGACUUGUGUAAAGCCAAUGAAGAACUUGAGGCCGAAAUGAUUGCAAAUUCAUGUGAACUUGAAAUGAACAUAUCACAGUUUAAGUCACCUGCAGUUGAUGAACCUCUUGAGGAAGUGUCAUCUUCUUCUGCAGUAGAGAUCGAAGGUUACUCCGAAAAAGAACAAUUACCAAUAUCUUCAAAUUCAGCGGUCGCGGAUGUUCCCUCUUCAUCCACAUUAGAUAUUAAAACAACAAAAGACUCUCAACUUGCCCACAUUGAAGAAACUGCAAAUGCAAACCUGGUGGCAAUUAAGGAAACUACUACGGCAUUUUUAGUCCAAGCUGCCACUCAAAUUAUAUUGGCAGGAGUAAAGAUACAGGAAGAUGUAACGGAAUGUCAUCCAAAAACACCAUUUAACUCCCAAGAAGACUCACUUGCUACAUCCGAAGCAGAAGACGGCAAUGAUGCUACCAUUCCACUAACUGAUAAAUCCUCUUUACCAAUAGAUAAUGAACCCAUUCAAACUUUAACUGAAAAGAUUGCUUUUGUACAGGAAAAGAAAAUGGAAACGAAUGAACCUUCUGAAGUUACCAAUGGCAAUGAUACAAUAGAAAAGUGUGACCUAAAACUUGACAUUGUAAAACUACCUCCUCUUUAUAUUGAGGAGGAGAGCAUAGACACUAACUCCACUGAAAUAAUUUUACCACCUCCACCUGAAUUUAGUGAUGAUUCUAAUAUUAUAGCUAAAUUAGCUCUGUUAGACAAAGACAGCAGUGACUCUUCAAAUAUUUUGCGAAUUACGACUAAGACUUUGAGCACUGACUUAGAACACGAUGUUAUAAGCACCCCAACAUGUGCAACACCUGCAGAUAGUGUGACUUCCACCGAACGUAAAUCUUCCAUUUCCACCAAAAACAGCACUUCGAAGGCCACAACGGGAGAGCAGAAGGAACAGGAAGUGUUAAAAGGAGUUCCUGAAACUAAAGCAGACUGCAAAUAA